AUGUACAACGACGAGACCAAAAUCGUCGCGUUGGCUCACCGCUAUGAAAAUCUCGUCUAUGAUAAGGCUAAUUCCAAGGAGGAGUAUAUGUCUCGUUUUAAAUCGCAGAUUACCGAACUCAACAGUCGGAUCCAGCACACCAUGCGAACCGCCACUGGCCCUGGAGGCCAGUCCGCCCAGUUCCAAAUGCCCCAAACGGGCUCUCAACCUCAGCAGUCGGUUCAGCGAACGUCUCCCCAAAUGUAUCGACAGCAGCUGCCUUACGCGAGACCGCCCCAACAAUCUAAUCCUCAAGCGGGGCCUGGAUCUACCCAGUCUGGCAUGCCCCGUAUGCCGCCUCAGAACCAACAACAGCGCUAUCCAUCUAAUCAGAUGGGCCAGCAGGGGUUCAGAGGCACUGGUGCCCCAAACCAAGAUGCCCCGCUUCCUCCCCAGCUGUUGCAGCUAAUCCCUAAUCUCCCUGCGCAUGCCAGGACUCUCAAGGACAUUCAAGCUCUCGUGGUUAACGGAACAAUUCCGAGAGAGUCUUUAGAUGGUUUCAGAAAGCAGUAUACAUUGCAAUAUAAUUUGCAUCUCCAGGCCGAUAAACAGGCGCAAGCUCGUGCUCAGGCUCAGGCUCAGGCUCAGGCUCAGGCUCAGGCUCAGGCCCAGGCUCAGGCUCAGGCCCAGGCUCAGGCUCAGGCUCAGGCUCAGGCUCAGGCUCAGGCCCAGGCUCAGGCCCAGGCUCAGGCUCAGGCUCAGGCUCAAGCUCAGGCUCAAGCACAGGCGCAGGCUCAGGCAGCGCGGGCACGGGCUCAAGCUCAGGCUCAGGCGGCUCGUGCUCGUGCUCAGGCUCAGGCACAGGCUCAGGCCCAGGCUCAAGCUCAGGCACAGGCUCAGGCACAGGCUCAGGCCCAGGCUCAAGCUCAGGCACAGGCUCAGGCACAGGCUCAAGCACAGGCUCAGGCUCAAGCACAGGCUCAGGCUCAGGCCCAAGCACAGGCCCAGGCCCAAGCUAACCAAGCUCAAGCUAGAGCCCGGUAUCGCCAACAACUACUACAACAGCAAGAGCAACAAGCACAAAACCGUUGGGACCUCUCGCAACAAGUGCCCCUGGUCACCGGCAAAGCAGCAAGUCAACCUCCCGCUCCUGCUGCUGCUGCAAAUAUCGGCCGAACGUCUCUGACUCCACAACCUGCUCGUCCAGUCAACCCCGUAACUGAGAAAGAUCGAGAAGAGCUGCGAAAGAUUUACGAAGAGGCUUUGAAAAAGGGACUCAAUUUGGACGACUACACAAACUCUCUUACAGAGGCCGAAAAGGCCCAGGUUCGUGACCAGUUGGCUGGCGAUAAGGUGCUGCAAAGUGUCAACAGCAACGGAAUGAGCGUACUGUCGAUAUUCUAUUACUAUUCAAACCGCGAUCGUGAGCGGACAAGACAGCUUGUGCAUCUCCAACUCAUGCUUCGCCAUAUCAUCGACCGGCAGUCUAAGGGUAUUUAUCUAUGCACUCCAACCACCUUGACACAAUUAAGAAGAGACUUGACACCGUUCCUGACUCUCAUGCAACAAGUCGCCUCUUCCAAUCAACGUUCGGUCUCGAAGCAGGCUCAACAAACGUAUAUGGGGCUGACGUCUCAAGGCCCACCACCAGCUCAACUUCAACAACAUGGGGCAGGACACCCCAAUCGAGGGCCGCUUUCUGCACCUUUGCCAGAUCACAAUAUGCCACCGAACAUGCCGAUUGCUGCUCCAAUCCCGCAGGCGCAGGCGCCGCGGCCACUAAGCGGUGUGUCACCCGCUUUCCAGUCUCAACAGCUGUAUGGUCAACCAGGCUUCAAUGCACCUCCUCCAGCGACUCAAUCGCAAUUUGCUGCACGUCAAGAGUCGUCUGGAUCACAAACAAGCUCAAUGCAGGUUGGCACACCGCCGCCAGUGCGCACCAACAUCACACCCGCAGCACCUCUUCUAGUAGAAGAACCCAAGAUUACGAACGCUGCAAGGCUUAAGCAGCUAUCCAAGGGAGAUGGGCUCAAGUAUUUCCUGUCGGGCCUGGGGGCGAUUCUGAACGUACCGGUUGAAGAAAUCAACACCACGGUAGAAGCCGUCCGGUUAUCUGGAGAACUUCCGGGGAAUAUCGAAACAGAGGCGAAUUCGGCAUCAUGGAGAGCACUAGUACCUGCAGUGGAUCUCCGAGCCGUAUUUCAAGAACUCGAUCUGGUGAAACAAUCCCAGGUUGCGUUCCUGACUCCACCCGAAGAGCCUGGCGCUCUAGGCGAUGGCGAACCCGAGGAAACCAGCCUCGAAUGGGACUUUGACGAACUAGCUAAAGUUGGAGUUGUUAAAAGCGACUGGCUACUGGAAUAG